AUGGUUUUAUGCUCUGUUGGUGUGUUUGUGAAAGUGUGGCGUCAACAACGGUUGCUUAGGUCCUACGCCGACGAGAAGCCUAGUAUCGAGAGCAACGUAUGUUCCGUUACAGACAAGGACGACGACGACCAAGACCGUGUGACCCAUGCUGACAAUGACAUGCCAAUGGAUGACAUGGGCCAGUCGAUUGAAGGACCUACCUGCUCGAGUCUUACUCCAGAGUCUAUGGACUACUCCCAGUCUUCAAACACCGAGGAACCUGACGCUGAACAUGCUAAAGGAGAAAUCGAGGAAAAUAAGACUAUUCAACAGGGGAUUGUGAUAACAGGAAUCAAGAAAAAAGAUCGAACCCUACUGGUGCUAACCACGGUGGUCUGUUGGUCACCGUACUAUAUCGUUAACACUUGUCUCCUAUCCAUCAACAUUCCCCAUUGGAUGGGCGUGGCCACGGUGUGGCUAGGCUUCUUCAACUGCCUACUUGACCCUCUCAUCUACUCGUUUAUGAAUAGACGAAUUGCAGCUCAUUACCGUGACAUGUUCAGACGUUGGUCGAUUGGAGUGAAUACAGUGAUUAGAUGCAACUCCGGAGAAGCAUGA